AGAGCAAAACAAAGCAGUUCACGUGUGUGUGCGUCAUCAGAAAGCGUCGAUUCAAAAUCGACAGCUUCUUGUUUUUUAUCCCGAUGGUUUAUCCGCAAAGCAGUUGUCGGUCUCACGUUGGUUGUUAAAGGCUGCUGUUUUUUCAUUGAAGAAAUGGCUUCAAAUCCACCUGGUCAAGGUUUUCAGAAAAACCACCGGGUGGCUAUUCUGGCGGAGUUGGAUAAAGAGAAAAGGCGCCUUAUACAGAAUCAGUCAAUGAACAAUCCAGGAGCAAGUAUCCCUCUUUCAAGGCCAGCCCUGAAUAAGGACUUUAGAGACCACGCAGAGCAGCAGCACAUCGCUGCUCAGCAGAAAGCAGCUCUACAGCAUGCACAUGCACAUUCGUCUGGCUUCUUCAUUACCCAGGACUCUUCCUUCGGAAACCUCAUACUUCCUGUUUUGCCACGAUUGGAGCCAGAGUAAUGCAGUUCGACCAAGAUAAGAAGACGUUGAGGCGGAACAUUUACACGUUACCACGCUCGAUUUUUGUUCAACCCACCAACCAUUUUAUAGGGUUUCAGAAAAUAGGAUAACAAAUUUUAGUCUCUCUCCUGUUGGUUCUGAUGUGUUUAAAUAUUUUCUUUUCUUUUUUUAUAAUAAAAUUCCAGUAGAAAAUUAAA